AUGUCAACGGAAGCAAAUCGCCAACAGCGCUACUCAAGAAGCGAUCGGUCACGCCCCGAGCUCAGUAUGCGGCACAAGCUUGUCAGGAAUUGUGAUGGUCACAAGCCGUCGUGUGCUCGGUGUCUGAACCGCGGCAUGGAGCGCGUGUUUAACACCCGAGAUGACAGUCGUGGCAGGGCGCCGAAAUUCUUAGUGAUGCAGCUUCAAGCACGCAUCCAGCAGCUCGAGCAGGUGUUAUUGCUCCAUUCCAUCGAUGUCGAUGUCCAUUCAUCUAUAGCUCAGCUCAAGGCCGCGCAUCUUCCAUCAAUCUCCCCCUCCCAUUCCCAACAACGGUCGAGAGAAGAGGAGCCCGUUGGGGCACUGUGCGCGAAUGAACCGUUCGGUUUGAAAGACAAGGAUGGCGAUGAGGAGGAGAUGCGCUUCUUCGGCUCCAGUAGUGGGCGGGUGGAACUACUGCAAUCCACUCCUUGUAUUUCUCUAACAGAGAUCCAUCCGAGUCGUGACUGA